AAAUAACAACUAUUAGAUAACCUUUUUUAACCUCCCGACGAGAUUAUUUAUAUUUAUGUCCAUUUGUAUUAUUUACUUUGAAAUUAUGAGUGAAAGAUUAUGUGCAAGUGACAAUGCGAUUUUGAGUUUUAUUUUCAAUCCUAAUCUACCUUUGGAAGACGUAGCCGCGACUUGUGGUGUGGAAUUAAAAGAUGAAGAGAUUCUGUCCGAAAACGAAGAAAUCACUAAAAAAAUUGAGCUGGAGGCAAUUCAGUUAGCCGAACAAGGAGAUUUAUCGAAAGCUUUCGAUAUUAUAUCUCGAGCAAUAGAAAUAGCGCCGAAAAAACCGUCUCUAUACAGCAACAGAGCUCAUAUUUUACAAUAUAUGGGUAAAUGUGAAGCUGCUAUGGACGAUGUAAAUAUAGCUAUAAAACAUUGUACUGAUAAACACAGGAAGACCAGAAGUUUGGCCCACUGUCAACGAGGGAUAUUAUACAAGAAAUUGGGCGAAAACGAAUUAGCUAAAACCGAUUUUGAAGUAGCUGCAGAACUCGGUAAUAAAUUCGCUAAAAAACAAGAAGAAUAGGAAUAGCAGUAAAUUUAACUGUAUGGUAUAAGGUGAGAACGAACUCUUUGUGUGUUAGGUCAACUAUAAGGUCAUCGACGAUUUCAAUAACUCAUCGGUAGAUAUAAGUGAGGUUAUGUUUAUUAGUGAAAAUAAUUUUCUUAGAUUGAUUUUUUCAUAUUUGUAUGUACUCGUUGAAAAAAUUAAUUUUAGCUAUAACGAUACCUCUUCGGUAAUUUAAUUAUUUUAUAUUUGUAUUUUCGAGAUUAUUAUUCACUCAAAGUAGUUCACAACAUGGAUUUUUGUAUAUUUUUCCAGCUUGUAGAAUUGAAUCCGUAUGCGGCACUGUGUAACCAAAUGCUGAGACAAGUAAUGGAUAAAUUGCAAUAAAUAAUUUGUUCAAGUAUAUUUUAAUUAUAUUUUUAAUUGUACACCAUAUUUUAAAUCAUAUAAUAUUAAAUGCAAUAAACUGUCAUCAAUACUUUCAUUAUAACUAUGUAAUAAAUAGAUUAAUCUCACAAUUAAUAGGAUGAUCCAAAUAAUGAAUGUUGAAAUUAAAAUAUGCAAAAGAAAAAUAUUAAAAUUUAUCCUUUUUACACUGGAUUAUCCUGUAGAUCCUUUCCUUAUCAAUUAAAUUAAAAAUGGGAUAGUGUCUGAACAACUUGAGUAGAAUUCUGAAAUAAAUAGCACCAAAACUUUAUAUAAAUAAAAUAAAUAAGGGAAUCUAUAGCAAAGUUAGCUCAAGCAGAGCGGGAUUUUCUAAUUUGACUUGGGCCCAUAAGCGCAAACUCCCAGGGGGUGCAUGGCUGAGAAAAAAAUAUCUAGAUAUCUAAAUACAAAGCCAUAACUCGAGUUCAUGUUUAUGGGUCUGAAAUUGACUUGAUAUUUAAUACAUAUAAUUGCUAAAAGUAUUUCAAGGUGGCAUUUUGUUAAAACCAGAAUCUAGUAAAUUCAUCAAUCGUAUCAUGGAGUGGUGUUCCGGCAAAUAAUAUAUAAGCUUGUCAUAUAUUUUUAAUUAAGUUUUUCAAGAAAGUAACUUUAAUUAUACUAAGGGGGACAAAGAUAUUAAGUUUAGGGACGCCAAAUGCUAAAUCCGGCUCUGAGCUUAAGCUUAUAUUUUAGGAUUUAUUCAAGCAUUUUUUUACCCACUUUCACUAUGGUUGGUGCAUAUUAGGGUGCUUUUUUUCUGUCCCAUCAGAAAGUUUGGGCUCUUAAUAAGUCAUCUACCGAAGGGUGUGAAGAUUUCCUCUUAAAAAAAACACAGAAAACUUCGAUUUUUUAUUUUUAUAGCUGAUUGGCAUUUCAUAGCAUCCCUAACCUAACCAUGGACGGGUUUGUUUUAGAAUUGAAUUCUCUACAAAAGUGUCCAAACUGUAACUCGAACCGGUGAGGAAGCACAGGCCUCUAAACUUGACAUUAAUAUUAAGGGCUCAAACUUUCAGGGAACUUUUUUUAGGUACUUGCAACAAAAUUUUAAAUGUUGGAAAAAUAAAUGUAAAUACAAGAUCUGCAGAUAAAAGUUGGAGUAAUCGGAAAAUCGUUAAAGGAAAACAAAGUUUGUCAUAAGGGCCUAAAUUACAAGUUAACUAUGUUACUACCACGCUAUGUGUACCUCAGGGUAGUGUACUAGGCCCUGGAAUACAAUAAAAUUGCAAAGUUUGCUGAUUCCGGCUAACGGAAAAUACAUCAAAGAAGCUAACGUGAAAUUACAAACAUCCAUAGACCUGAUUAAUACUUGGACUGAUAGAUGACAUAUAAAGUUGAUGAAAAAUAAAUGUGUUCGUUAAGCUUAUGAACAAAGAACCAAAAUAUCCUAGUAACAAGAAACACCGCUAAAAAUCCUUAUAUUAAAAACGCAAAGUAUGUGAGAAUGACACUUGAUACUAGACUUCAGAACAGAACUCUAAAUUGUCCAUAGACAACAAACCGUUUCUCUAUAAACAGAUAUUUGAACAUCAUUGAUGCACCUUGGUACUGCCUUGAUCUCCAUAGAAACUCUUGACCAGGACAAUUGAUACUACAACAUAAGAAUUUUGAGGUUAUUUAAUGAUAAUGUCCAUUUAGUGAGAAGGCUCAAUAGGAUCAAGCCGUUCGAGUUAGUGAGUGAACUAAUGUGCAGUUUAUUUUGAAAAAAUUAGUUUUAGGAUAAUUUUACUGUGGUGGAGUACUAUCUGACACCAUUUUUGAAAAUUUGUUGCUUUCGUUUCACAUCUGAAAACUGGAAUAUUCUAUUUUUUCCAUUAUAUAGACUUUAAACCCCAAUAACGCUUGAGUAAAUCCCAAUUAUUUACUAUAAAACUCAUUUUUAUAUAUAAAAUGUCGUUCUACAUUACCUUUUUGAUACCUAAAUGUUGCUAAAAUACAUUCAUACAUCAUAAAAAUGUUCACGAUACUUAAUGAUAUGUCAUAAAGUGUGCAAAUGAACUUACCUUUUGGAAGACAUCAAGAAAACAAACUAAUUAAUCACUUGAAUUGGUAUACUAGGAAAAUAAUUUCUGUUUGGAAGAAUAUCUUGGAUUCGUUGUACUAGUAAACAAUUAAAUUUUCAUUUGAACACCCUUUAUUUAUAUAAGAAAAAAAAAUGGUAACAAAAAGGCACCAUAGAACGAUUAUUCCAAUAAUUUAAGUAUAAAAAUAAAUGUUAUUUUAUUCUUAAUGAAAUUUCAUUUUUACAAAAUAUACCAAUAAAAUUAAAAAAAACAUAAAAAUUUUUGUUAAUAUCAACUUGAUGUAAUCAAUAUAUUUGUAUAAAUGAAAAUUACAGCCAAAAUUCACCCCAUCACAAUCACGAUACAUAAAUGUUUUUUAAUUUUAAUAAACCCGAAAGAUAAAUAAAUUCAUAUCUUUGAAA